UUAAAGAUCUGCUGUGUCUUAAGCUAAGCCACUUCGUCGUCUUGGUCCUCCUGUUGCAGCUCCGAGAACCAAAGCGACAGAAGCGUCAACCAAUGGGAUGCUUUCUGGGAUGUUUCGGUCUCUCCUCCAACCGUAAACACAGAAAACCGAACAGGAAAAUCUCGUCCCAGCAUCAAAGAAUCUGCAGCUAUGAGCCUCUGCAUUCCUCGGAUCCGACAAGCCUUAAUGUCUCAGAAAACCCAGAAAAGAUCUCCAAUUCUAACCUCAGGUGCGGGGCAGGGGAGAAGAAGGAGGCCAAGCCCAGGAAGAGAGUGAGAUUUAAUCUGAAUGUACAGUCUUAUGAACCUAUGCCAAGAACAUGUGAAAUUACAUUCUGUGAUGAAUGUAUACAAGAGGAAGAAAGAAAUGCAGAGGUACCAGCUCCAGAAAAGACAUCGGAUGAUUCUGGCACGAAAUCCUCGUACCCUACAAACUACAGAUACCAGAAUUGUGUAGACAGCUAUGAAGAAGAUGAUGAAACAGCUUAUGGAGAGAGUGAUUUGGAGGAUGAAGAUUAUUAUACAGAGGAUGAAAUCGAUUACGAAGAUGAAGUUGAAGAAGAAGAAAUGGGGCUAUACUGUGGGGAAGUGAUUUCCACUUGUGCAGAGGAGAUGGUCAUAGGCUCGAACAGGAGCCAGUACUUGACCCAGGUCCUGAAUCCGGUGCAGAGUCUUGCUCAGUGGAAAGCGGUUAAAGCAAAGCCGGCCAAGGUUAAGCAGCAGCCAAGGAAAGAGAAUAUUGAACCGGCUGAGCAAGAACAGGAGGUAGCUGUAGAUGCUAGCCUCUCUAACUGGUUAGCCUCACCAAAGGAUGUUUCCUCCAAGAGAUACUUAUUGGAGAGAUCCCCAAUUAUGGAUAUCACCAAUAUGGAGAACAGGUAAUAACAGUUGGUCCAUGAAUUAUGUUGUUUUGUUGUUCAUCUCUGUAGCAUUUUUGAGUCUUUACGUUUGUAUGGGUGUUUUCCAUUUUCGGGGUUUCGAACAAGAGAUGUUGUUUAUCCUUUUGUCUGCAACUGCAGAAACAAGCGAAAGACAAUAAAUCCAAUCAUUAUGUAA